UUCUGGGCUUCUAUGGAGACUUCUGAAUUCUUUGGCUAUAGGCACGUUGAACGUGAAUCAAUCUUAUUAAAUCAAAGGAUAAGUUAGCCAAAGAGACACGGCGAAACAAUUUGGAAUAAUGGCACUCAGUCCGCAGACGAAGCAGAAAAUUGCAGUCAUUCUCGAUAUUUCCAAAGUCGUGUUCCACUGGGGAUUUAUUCCCGCAGUCCUGUAUUUAGGAUUUAAAAAAGGCGCGGAACCUGGAAUGCCACCACUUACGCUAAUGCAUCUGCUGUGGCAGUAACCAAAAUUCCUCGCCGCAUUACACUUAUUUGAAAAUGUGUUUUUUCUUUAUAUUCUGGUUAUGUGAAUUGUAAAAAAUUUGCCUGUGUAUUUACUAGAAUUAUGUCAGUCUUGCAGAUAUAUCUGUCAGUACCUUAGGUUAAUUAAAUCCUAUUUCGUUACAAUAAUUAUUUUAACCAUUUAAUAUAAAGAAAAUAUACUUUGAACUCGUUAAUAAUGUUUGUAUUAUUACGGAUAUCUCAUUUGCAAUAAUGAACAGAUCAUUUUUAAAUAAUAAACAAUGCUGUACACGUUAAACUGUAACAAUUAAGUAUUGCGUGUGAAUAUAUAUUUUAUUAAAGAAA